AUGUCGGUUUCAUCAGCGACAUCAUCGUCAACAGCAGGAUCAUCCGAGCCAUCACCGAUGUCAACGAAGAAAAGGGUGAGGAGGGGACAUAGAAAGACUGUUUCGUUCUCAGACAUUGAUGUAAUCGUGUUACCAUGGACUCUAGUUGGAGGCUAUCCUCUGGAACUGGCAUGCGAACCAUUGGAUCGAUAUGCCGUGUCGGUGGACUCAAUGGAAGAAACCAGGUCAUUCUUGGGUCGAUUUGGUGAUGGCACCAUGUCACCUGUGGAUCGAUACAAUCGCAUCCGAAGCCUUUCCGAUCAAGACUCCAUCCCGAGUCUCCCAGUUGCGAUUCAGGUUCAAGAGCCAAGAAAGCUGGUGGAAGAAGAGCAACACGACCUUGGGCGAUAUCUAAACCGAAGAUUUAUUGUGAUAGGAUGGGCAUUGCUACUGAUAGGUUCUUGCGUUAUGCUCUCUUCUGCCUCGUUCCAAGUCUAUCGUCCUGGAUACUCUUUACACCAAGCUUUGAAGAAGAUGAAUGGAAUGAUUCAAAGCACAGAAGCAAUAGACAUGUCUACAAAGGAAGUGCCAGAGAAGAAACAGUGGAUGGCUUUGUUGACAAAGCCAAAGAUAUGA